AAGCAACUUGAAGUUGAGGAACUUGAUUCGAUGGAUAUUCAUAAAAACAUCAAUAAUAAUAAUAACCUAAUGAUUGUCAAUGAGACAGCAGCGUCAUCUUCUUUACAAACUAAUCAAAUUGAACAACAAUAUUAUUUGAAUCUAAAUCCUGAUCUUGAAUAA